UCGCCGCAGCGAGCGGCGAAUAGGUUUUCCGCCGUCCCCCUCCUCUCGCUCCCGCUAAACCCAACUUUACACUACCCAGGCUCCCGCAUCUAAGAAAAGAAACUCUGCCACCUGCGCCUAGGGUUCCGCCCCCAUGACCGUCGCCGAGCCGGAGAUGCCGGCGUCGGAGCGCAGGCUCGUGGCCCUCGCCAGGUGGGACGCGCUCAUCUUCCUGUACUACGGGAUCGUGUGGGUCGGCACCGCGGCGUCCAACGCCAAGGUCAUCGCGCGCGGCGCUCUGGGCGAGGUCGAGGGUUCCGCCGUGCUCGCGGCGGCGUCCUGGCUCUCCCACCACUCCCUUAUCUUCGCUGCCGUGUUCACCCCCGUUGCCUUGAUUCUCGUCGGCGCCACCGGAGUGCGCUCCGCGUACAACACCAGGAAGGAUAUCAAAGAGCCCCCGAAAACUCUUCACCAGGUUGCGCAGAUGAUGCUCAAGGAUCCUGUCAUUGUUGGAGCGCUUGUUUUGCUGGUCUUCCUCCCGCUCAUAAGUCAUGAAGAUUUGGUGGUCGGUCUGUUGCCUGUGAAAGAAUCUCAGAGGGAACAUGUUCGUUCAGUAUUGAGGGAUGUAGGGUCAUUGGGUGUCAGCGCAGUAUUUUGUUUCAUCAUGUUGCCCACUACGGUGCUGAGGCAGUGGAGGAUGAAGUAAUAGAGGGUUAUGUUGAUGUGCUGUUGAGACAUAACCAUGCUCUUUGCUGAAGUUUGUGGCUGCGGAUAAGUACCGGAUUAUAGUUAGUUAGUUAGUUACAUGUAAUCACGACUGCAAUUUGACGGUAACACGACAUGUAUUCACUGCUAGUAUCGAAUACUCCAUGUGCCAGGAGCUCUAGUAAUUUGACAUUGUGGUGUUGAAGUGUUUAUUUGCUGCUGGGAAGCCUGGAAUACAUGACCAGACAAGUCAGGGUAGCACCCUCUCCGAGGACAGUGCUUUUUUAAGCAUAUGUUUUUUGCUAUGUUGGCAGUGCUAUGUUCCAUGACAACCAUUUCUUCGCAAGUGGUUG